AUGGAAACUUGUAAGGAGGAUUACUUCAAGCAUAACGAUUACAAGAAGAUCGACGAGUACAGCUGCGGGCAUUAUUUUCAGUUCAAAAGAUGUGCCGAGAGGAUACUAGAUGAAAAAUGUACAGAGAAAUACAACAUAUACUUAAGCACUUAUCUGUUAGAUAAAGCGGAUGAGUUCAGUUGGAUGUGUUCUGAAGAGGAUACGUAUUUUAAUAAUAGAAACGAUCAAUUGAUGAUUCGGUCCAUAAAGGGUGCGAGGUGCUUGAUUAGGAAUAGAGAAAAGCUUUCCGCGUGCAGAAGAAAUUACGACGAGAAUGAAAAUGUGAUUGAGAGUGAAGAUAUCUUUGCCACUGCUUGCUGUGCCUUUAAGAAGUACGUCUUCUGUAUCGACGACGUCGCAACUACAAACUGUAGAUCCGAAUCUCGAGAAUUAAUCGACAAUGCUUUACAGCGCCUAAACAGGGAUCUUAAUUACAAAUGUAUUAAUUAUGAACUCGACAUGUGUUCGUCUUGUUCUGCUCUAACGUCAUUACUCAGUUUAAUCGUUGGGAUGAUAACUGUGAUGGAAGUGUGCGUGAGACACUGA